CAUUGUUGCCAUGGAGUCAGGAAGCUGGGAUCCAGGAGCAGACUGACCUCCCAGGUCUUAAUGGGCAUUUUAGAACUGGACACAGGGUGGCAGCUGUGGAAUCAGCGUCGCUGACCCAUCUCCAAGGGUGGCAUAUUUUGACCCGAGGGACAGGGCACCUGAUCAAAGUACAUGCGUGUCAUCGGUGUGGGCUUCCAGCAAGACACGGGAGCAGAGCCGUCACCGAGGUGAUGACGUGGCUCUGAUGGACUGUCCCUCAAAGAUGAACCAGGGAGAAUGCAGUGAAGCCUACGAGGAACGGCCUGAGGGAGGGCCGCAGCAGGGCAGAGAAAGGAGAAAAGUCAGGAACAGCACGUAACAGCAGUGUUACCGCCUCCUGAAAACCAGGCGCCUCACCCCAUCGAAGGACAAGACCUAGAUCUUUGUGGCUCCCUGCCUAGGAAAGGAGAAGAGAGGGAGGGGCCCACGCUGAUCCGGAAGUGUCCAGGAGCUCUCCUCCCCAUGCCACAUGAGGCUGCCCCUCAGCCCCAGCACGGAGCCAGUGGCCAAGGAGCCCUUGGAGAUGGCUUUGCUCAGCAGCAUCCUGGCAGCCUGUUCCUAUAUCUCAGAAAACCCUGAGCGAGCCGCUCUGUACUUCGUCUCUGGUGUGUGCAUCGGCCUGUUCCUGACCUUGGCUGCCUUGGUGAUGAGGAUCUCCUGCCACACUGACUGCCAGCGGGGUCCACGGAGGAGGUGCUUGCAGGACCACGAGAGCAGCAGCGACAGCAGCGACAGUGAGGAUGGCAGCGAGGACACAGCCUCGGACCUGUCGGUGCGCAGACACCGCCGAUUCGAGAGGACUCUGAACAAGAACGUGUUCACCUCUGCAGAGGAGCUGGAGCGCGCACAGCGGUUGGAGGAGCGCGAGCGCAUCAUCAGGGAGAUCUGGAUGAAUGGGCAGCCCGAGGUGCCCGGCACCAGGAGCCUAAACCGCUACUACUAGGACCCCAGAACCUCUGCAGGCUGCCAGGAAAAGAGUGGGUUCUGCAGGCAGGGACGGUGUGCGUAAACGGAAGCCAGCUCUGCUAAUGUGUCUGUAGAGAAGCACAGGGCCGGCCUGCUUUCCCAAGGGCAUGGGGGUUUGCUUUAGACUCUUACCUCUGGAGAUAUAGACAAUCCAAGCAGGGGCAUCUGCCUUUCCAGGUCUUGACACCCACAUGGGCACACAAGCCCAACCUUUCCAGGUCUUGGAAUGGUGCUGAGGUUUCCUCUUUAACCACGUGACAGCGAUGUGAUAAGCUGAAAGGAUGGAUGGACCUUCUUACUUUCUGAGGCGCUCAGAAGUUUGCGCAGACUUACCACUGUGCAAUUCCUUUACAAAAGGAAAAAAAAAAUCUCAUAGCUAGAGAGCUGAGGAUAUCAGGGUGAACUUAACCCAGAAAAUGCAAUUUUCUAAAGGAUUCCGGGCAGUGGAAGUGGUUUUGAUUGAGAUAGCAUGAUCUAUGCUAAUUAUUUAAAGCUAAUUUUUAAGACGAAAAUUAUCUUGGCAACCUCUGCAUUUUAACUGACACCUCAGGGAUUAAAAUGCUCUUUUUUAGUCUAGUUCCCACCUCCAUCGUGAAAAUGAAUAGAAGUUACUGUAUUGUGAGAUGUGUUGGUGACUUAGGGUACAUCAAUAACCUCAAAGGAUAAAGGGUUUUAUGUUUUAGUAGUCUAUAAAAUACAUAUUGACAUGUGUGUUUGAAAAUGCUGCAUAACAAUAGAAGCCGUGUGUCCUUCCCAUUUGGAGAGAAGAAAAGUCUCUCAUGACUUCAGAGACUCAUAUUUAAAUAAUAUUUUGUUUAAAAGAAACAGUUUGGAAUUCCCAGAAAAGAAUGGAAAGCAGAGGUGAGGAUUAAAGCCCAAAUGAAAAUGGUAUCUAAAAUAAACAUUCCAUGAGACUCUC